CGAUGUCAGAGUGAGGGGGACCAGACCAGAGCUGAAGCCAGAUGCCAAAACAGAAACAACAGAAGUUUGAGCAGCUAACUGGAUUAGACAAGACGCGAGACCUGACCUGCUACUUCACAAGUGCCUGCGGGAUACAUCCACAUUAAGUCACUUCUCUACAGCUCGUCAGACUGAAAGUUUGAAAGGGGAGGAGGACAAGAGGAAACUCAAGAAAACAAUUACUGGAAUGUCGACCUGGAUAAAGAAACUUCCGCUUUCCUCGAGAUCAGAAUCCUCAUAUUGAAAGCCUUCUCUAACCAAGUGACCUCUUGGUUUUGUGGAUUUGUUUAAAUGGGCCUUGGCCUUCUCCAAAGGAGCACUUUAAAGCAGAAAGCAUCAGUGACGUUUGCUUCUGGUGUUUCCAUUUAACACACAGAGCAAAGCCCUCGUUGGAUGGACGAGAGUCUCAGGGAAACGAUUUCAUUUUGGGCAGUUUUUUAACCUUAUUCCAACCCAAAGGGCUCAGAGGGACAUUAUAUUAUUAUCAUUUUAGUACCCCAGCAUCCUAACAUGCACAUUUGCUGUCUCACAACUACUUCAACUCUCUAAAGGAUUUAGCAAAACUUUUCCAACAGUGAGUUAGUCUCAUUUAAAGGGCUGACACGCCGGUAUCCUAAGCCAUGGAUGGAAAAACUGACAGCAUUCAGGAUUUUUUCAACCAACUGUGGCACUUUGCUACAGAAAAACACAACCAGGGGGCCUAUAACACAGUCUGCCUGGUGGUCCUCCUGACGCUUCCCCUGCUUGUUCUCCUCACAACAGUGGUGGUGUGCUGUCACUGCUGUUGCUGUCGUCAUGCCAACAGCUGCUGUUGUUGUUGCUGCGGCGACGCCGUGUCGUCUUCAAGGUCAGAAACAAAGAAGAAAAAAAAUUCUGCCAAUACCGAAGACUUGUGGAUCUCGGUCAAGCCAGGGCCGAUGACGCCCGACCGGGUCGCUCUGGCCAUGGAGUAAAUAUCCCUUCUUUGACCUGAGACUGCUGACGAGUUUAUGGAAAGGAGCUGAUGGAGCAUCCCGAAAAGCAUAAACCGUGGACGCUCUUGGACUAUGCUGAGCUGAUAUCCAAACAAAAAGGAUGAACUUCACCUAGUAGCGGGCACAGAUGUGGUUGAAAUAUGUAAAGAGUGUAUAUAUUGUUGUCACUUUUCAUUCAUAAGAUGUCGUGCGGUGGUUUUAUGACAAUGUUUACAGCAUUUUUAUGAGCAUUUUUUUAGUGUUUGGUACAUAAAGGAAGAAAUAUGAAGACAGAAGCACAUAUAUAACUGCAAGUGUGUGUGUGUGUGUGUGUGUGCGUGUGUGUGUGUGUGUAAGAGAAGCACAGUGUUAUUGAGAGCACUUUGUUCUUAGAGCUCCCAUGUGAAAUUCAGUGCGUGUGUAUUUGGGAGAGAGAGCCAAUUUAGGGUCUGCCCAGUGCUCAGAAAGCUGCAUUACUCACAUUCAGGCUGCAAUGCAGACUGUGAUUGACUCUCAAUUUCUAAAUCAAAAGGCACUGACAAUCUAAAAAGCUGAACUCACUGCCUGCAGAAAGAAACUUUCUUCAUUCCGACAUUUUUCCCCCGUUUCUUGAAGAUGUUACAGCAUUGUCACAGGAGUGGAACUUCACUUUCAUUGGGCUUUUUUGUGUUUUUUUUUAUUGCACUAUUCAGGGCCAAAUAAGCAUUAAUAAAAAAGACUAUUUGUAAAAGAUAAAGUGAGACCCUCCCACCCAAAAGACAAACAAACAACACUGGAAACUAGAAACUAGAUACUCAUACCAAUGGAGGUGUUAGCAGUGAUGACUAGCCAUGUAUUUAUGGAAAUUUUGAACAUUUAUUCCUCUAAAACGUAUGAAUAUGACUGAAAGAGUUGGUUUAAGUUGGUUAAGAGCAGAUCCAUAUGCACUUUUAAUAUUCUGUUUUGAAGUCAUCACACAGAAAAUUUGGAAGGAGGACCAACAACACACUUAAGCCCCAAUGCCUAACUACAAAUGCGAUCUCCUGCCUUUUGCCCCCGUAUCUGGGGGUGUUGGGGCUUAAGAGGUUAAACUGGCAUUAAGUUUGUUUGUAAUCACUUUUGGCUAACUUCCUAGCACGGAUGUGGACAAUUUCAGAUUGUCAAAAGUGUGUUUCAUUAAAACAAACAAAUCGCUGUCUAAGCAUACAUCUUUGCAUAUUUCAUCAUGCUGAGAGCUUCCCCUACACUUGUGAUUGUGCCUUAUAACUGCAAAAUUAUGUGCAUUUCUUUAAAAAGUUUGAUGAGUGCUUACAUGGAUACUGCUGGUAAACAUUUGAACAUACAGUUCACAUUUAUUGCCAUUCUGUUGAGAUACAAACAUAAUGCUGAUUAAUUUGAUCAAGUCCUCACUAUUCACGUGUAUACAAUGUUUUUAGAAGUGGGUUUGAACAGUAUUCAAAGUAUUUUUUUUGUUUUAGCUUAAUUAAAUUCACAUACUUUUCAAAAAUUCCAGUAAAAAGAAACUGAAAUAAUCAAACGAUUUGGGCUUCGAGUGGAUUGUGCCUGAAGGCUUCUUGUUUUGAAAGUGUACGACAUCUCAAGGCCCAAUUAAGCAAAAGCGUCUCAGCAGUAUCAUCAUCUUUAUGCAUUAGCUUAUUUUGGCACUAAGUUGAUCUUCUUGCUCAAGUGCUGCUGGGAAAACCGGCCCCACUCAUUUCAUUACAGCUCAGACAGAUACGUCCCCGUGUGGAAAUCUGGGUUUGUCUCUUCUGCUUUAUGUUCGCAGAGAGAAACUAUACGUGUUGAGUUUAAUAUGAAAGGUUGCCUUGCAAAACACAGGCAACGUAUGAUGACUAAUAAUUGCAAGAGUGAGACGUUUAACAAGAAAACACACUGCCAUGUUCGGGGUUUUUUGCCGAGCACGUCAUUGUGGUUUGUGUUUGUCAAAGUAAAAUUUACAGUUUUUACUGGUUUGUUAAAUGCUGACUGUGGCAGGCUUCUUACAACAUAAAUAAAAAUGUAAAAUGAUGUUAAAGACUGAACAAAAUUAAAGGAAUAGUUUGACCUGUU